GUAAACAUGGAGGCCGAGUGUUAUGCUGAUUGUGAAUUAAUGUAGUUUAUCUUUGUGUAAAAUUGCGAAGUUUUUAAAGGCGAUUGUUACAAUGUUUAUGAAGAAUCCGUAACAGAAAUGCAGGAAUUUACGCAUAUAUUUAUGGAAACAUCUUGACCAACCUUGAAAAAUGAGCAGCGAUUUGCCUAAAACUCAAGAUUCAAGUGGGGAAUCAGAUUCUAACAGUGAUACUGAGCAUACAUCAAGCAGUGAGUCAUCUGGAAGUGACUGGGAGUGUUCCGGAGCUAAACAAACCUCAGCUCGCAAGCCACAGUUUUCAGUUACUUCUUGUGAUACAGGGCUUAAGCUCAAAAUAGCUGCAGUUCCGAGAAAAGGUACUCCCAAAAGAACCAACACCAAACCAACCGUGAAGAAGAAAUCUGACGAUAGUCCUUCAAAGGUAACAAAAACGAGUAAGGACAAAUCUACAGUUCGAAAGAAAAAAUUGCAACUUUCUGAUACGACUUCUAGCUCCGAAUCAUGUAAAUGUACAUCAGAUUCAUCUAGUGAUGAUGACAUCCCAUUGAAGACUGUUUCAAAGUCUUUACCAUCUAAAUGUUCACCACAGAAGUCAACAAAGGUGACAAAAGUAUCACAAAAAAGUGAGAGUGAAGAUGACGCUCGGUUAAGUAAUGUGAAAGACAAAGUAUCUAAAUCAAACGGUAAGGAUAGACAAAGUGCGUCAUGUAGUAAAGUGGUGCAAAAAUCGAAGAGUGAAGAGUCAAAUGAAGGUGCAGUGAAGAGGCAAGGGGGACGACUUAGAAACAAGUUCGCGUCCCCGACCGCGGAAAGUGUGGCUUGUGGCAGCAGUACGUCGUCGUCGACCUCCUCGUCGUCGUCCUCAUCCUCGUCUUCGUCCUCCUCCUCGUCAGAUUCUGACUCCGCUGAUGCUGCGGGCUCUGCACAUCCUGAAGACUCUAACGCUGCACUCGCGGCUGCUUGCCCGCUACAGGUCAUCGACGAUGCAGACCUCGCGGAACUAUUUCCAGAACAGACAUCGAACGCGCCGGCGCAGCAACCCAAUUUUUCGGCCUUCGCCGUGCACAGCGCUUCGCCCGACAACGAUGAUAAAUCCAUCGCUGAUAACGGUGACGGAUCUAGCAGUGAGAUGGAAAUUACUCCUCAGCUAGUCUCGGCGGCAAUUCAAAGGGCUACAGCUGAUUCGUCAUCGUCCGAAAACGAGUGCUCCAAUUCUGAUGCCGGCCAUCAGAAUACUACUCAUUACGCUUCCAGUUUAUUACAACAGUUCGUUGCUCAAACUCAAUUACUGAGUAGCACAGCUCCGAUAACGCCCAUCACACCCGCUGCCUUGCCGUGCGGACUCAAUCCGCCAAUAGAUGGAGUAGGAGCGAUAAGCGAUUGCGUUCUUGGUCAGAUUAAUAAUUUACCAGAAAUAACGCCCAUCGCUCCGAACUUCUUGAAUGCUGCCCAACACCUGAGUCCGCAACAAUCUGAAGAGAUUUCACUUAUUAACAAAGACCUUGAAGAAAUAAAUGCGACUGAAUCUGUUGGCAUAUCAAUACCUAAUCCGCCAAGUUUAGAAGAUUGUGUUGAUAAUAACGAUUUUAUGAGUCUGGACAUAACCCAGGGGUCAUCUGAAAUUGGAAGUGCUAGUGAUAUAUUGAAAGGGUCUCUUUUGGGUACUGACAUGAAUAAUCUAAGUCAACUCGACAGCAAUAAAUUUGAUACAGUCAGUACUAAUUCCGUAGAAUCUCAAGAAGACGUUAAAAAUAUUGUUGUGGAAUCUAGAAGGAAAAGAGGACGGCCACGCAAAAUUAGAGUACCAAAUGAAAACAAGGAAUCUCGAAAAGUAGAUAAAUCUGCUGUAAAUGCGAUAAAUGACUUUCAUAAUGCUAAUGACCCACCUAACGUGUCUCCUGAUUCUGGUAUUUUAUCAAAUCACAAUUCACCCACACACUCUCCUCUUCGACGUCACGACGUAGAAGAUCCUCAUAAUAGAAUAGAUAGGAAGUCAAUUCAGAAAGAAAACAAUACUAGAGAAAGAAGAAAUAUGAGAUCGAAAUCCAAGAGCCGCAAUAAAGCACACAAUAGAUCGGAUUCAAGUGACUGCGACUACCAAAGGAAAACUAUAGAAAACAAACAUCAUAGGCACAGAAGUAAACGAAGACAUAGAUCACGCUCAGCCUCGCGAUGUCGAGAUACAAAAACUGUAGAUUUAAUUGAUCAGAAAUUUACUCAAGACAUGGAUAAUCUCAUCUCUAAUUUUAUUAAACUUUGUCAAAUUGCACCAAAACUUAUACCCACGGCACCACAAACUCAACAGAAAAGCACAGAAAAACCAGUGGUCGAACCAAAAAGUGAACCUGCUCUUACUAAAGUGAUGAAGAGGGGAUCCAAAAAACGUAAAACGUCGGAUAAUCCAGAAAUUGCUACUCCGACUUCUAAACGGAGACAUAAGAAACAACUAGCAGAAUCUCAAAACAAAGGUGGUAAAGAUACAAACGAACAUAAAUUGCCACUGAAAAAGAGACAUUAUCACAUAAAUUCUUCCACGAGCAAUUCAUUGAGCCUGAGUUUGGUAACAUCAGAAUUUGAUGAUAACUCUAAAAAUGGUACUAGUCCUGAAAAAUUUUUGUGUACAGAAACCGAUUGCAUGGGCGAAAUACAGAAUAAUAUUUCAGAGGAAUUUUCGAAACCUAAGGCUUACGAAAAGAAUAAGAAAGGCAACGAAAAUUCCAAGAACGCAGCUCAGCUUAGUACUCCAGAAGAUAAAUGUUCAUAUCCCGAUAUGACCAAGCCGUCAAAAUCAAGCGCUAAUGAUACGGACGUUUUACAAAUAAAAAUGAAUGAAACAAAUGUGACUACACCAACUAAGAAUUAUUCGCCAAAUUCUCUUACAACGAUUGACGAUGAGUUGUCCAUAAAAAAACCCGGAGUCGAUCAAUCUGAACUAUCAAAGAAAAUAUAUGAAACAUCCGAGAAGCUAAAAGCUGUGCAUAAAAUGGUUCACGAUUUAGAAAAAUCUUUACCAAAGUCCAAAGAUGAAGUUAAACCUGAAUCCUCAAAACUAGAAACUUUAAGAAUGUCCUCACCAAGAUCCGAAACAAAACAAUCGCCAACUAGAAAUCCUGCUCCAAUUGUAACACCCAAGAAACGACACCGUCUUGAGGCUGACAAAGUUACUUCAAGUUUAGAUCAAGUCGUACAAUCUUUAUCAAAAAAAUUAUCAGAAGAAAAAUCGUGUCCUACUCCCGCUAAAGAUGUAAAUCAAAAUAACUUUAAAGAUGACAUCAAAGAACCUGAACAAUCUGAACCUAAUCUACAAAAUAAUGAUGCAACAAAUAAUGCUACACCAAUAGACCCUUUAAAAAGUAUGUCAGCUCGAACUUUAUACAAAAGCUUUAUUCCGCCAGCGCAAAAGUCUGAGAUAAUGACGCGCAAGAAAAAUAGACUGGAAGGCCUGACUAGUAAUCUCGUUUCAAAAAUAAAUCCAAGUGCGGCAACUAAAGUUUUGGAUACUCUUUUGAACAAUAACAUUCGAAAAUCAAUAGAAUCUCGAAUCCUGGAAAAGGAGAAGAACAAUACAGAGUCUUCAAAUAAUAAGUCUGGUGAAGAUAAACCGAAGCACAAGGACGUUUCUCAAGUUAGUACAAGAGCUACUGUUAUCAAGUCACCAGUUUCAAAAGGCAAGGUAUUAGAAAUAAAGAAAUCUAAAACCGAACCUGUUGUAACUCAAACCGUAGUGGUAAAUGUAGAUAAACCUACAGGAAUAUUUGAACCAUCUAUUGAUUUGGAAGACCAAAUACCCAAAUCAUCAAUUUGUGUCAGUAGUGCAUUGGCUGAUUCUAAUAAACCCAAGAGUAAAGGUAAAGCUAAUGAUAAAGUUGCAAAUGAUUUAUUGAUUCUUAUUGACACUGAAUCAGAAAUCCCAUUGCCAUUAAUAUCAGAAACACCUGAGCCAAUAGUCAGGCCAAAAAGAGGAGAAUCAAUAGCUUCUGUUAUAUCUGAUAAAAUUCAAGGAACUGUUGGUGGACAUAACUUACGACAACCGAAAAGAAAUUUAAGUAAAGAGAGAGAAAAUGAAAGUGACGAAACCACAGAUAGGAAAAAGAAAAAGAUAUCCAGCCCUGCUAUUAUAAGAGAAAGUAAACUUGUCUUACCAACGAAGAUGCUGAUUCCAAAAGUUCAUGCAGAAAGACUAGCCAUUACUGAUCCUACUAAGAAAAUUAACAUUGGCAAUAAGAAAGCUGACUUUAAUAUUUCUAAAGUUACUAGGAAUACUGCGGAGGCAUCGAAAAAGAAAACUAGGAGAAGAAAAGCCAUUAACAGGACUGGUUUUCCUAGCGUCAAAAAGAAGAAAAAGAAGAUAGAACCUAGCCUGAACUUAACCUCUGACGGUCAUUUCACUUCGGAAGAUACAGAUAAUAAUUCUGCAUUUGAACGGGUACCUAAAGACGGUGAAGCAAUGAGCAGCUUCUUGGAAAGGACUACAAGUAAGAAACCUGAAUUGAAAGUGGUCUUAAAUAAAGAUGAAUGUCCUAAACACGGCCGAUUAACAGUGGUUGCUCUUGAAAAACUCCAAGGUAAGGAUAUUCCUUCUGAUAACAAUAAAACUGUACCAUCUGCAGCUACACAUGACAAAAAGAAUGCAAAUUCGUCUAUUUUACGAGCUCCUGCUUUGCAACUUAAGCAGCAUAAACCCGAAAAAGAAGGAAAGAGUCAUGUUAACAAAUGGGAAGUCCUUAGCGAAACAGACAGUAUUCCUUCUUUGGGCAGUUCGCUUGGUAACGAUCCCGAAGACAGCAUCCCCUUAAGUUUAUUGAACGUGAAAGCCGAUAGGCCCCGUAGUCGAAUAGACAAUUUGGAUAGACUGAAACGCAAAACUAGAGCAAUAUCGCCUUCGCAAGAAAUCGAAGAAAUUUUGUCAAAGAGAAAGAAUGUUGAGAAGACAAAUAAAACUGCCUUGAGACCUAAAUCUAGUCUGGCGGUAUUAUGUCCUUCAGAAAGAAGACUUACUAGAAGUUCUGAUGUCAAUGAUGAUGUGAAAGCUAAGUCUAAGAAUUUUGAAAAUAAAAAGCCAUUAGAAGUAGAAAAACCAGGUAAACCUGCUAGUGUAGUCACUCGAAGAAAAUCAAGAGUAUAUCAAGCAAAAAAGGCUCGCGAAGUGCAGUCAAGCUCUCGAGAAAGUUCACUGGACACAAUUGCCAGUCGGAGACUUGGUUACAAAUCUAGGGAACCUUCUAUUGAUAAUCUCAAAGAUCACGAUGAGAAUGAUCCAUUACCGUUGAAUGAGAAGGAAAUCGACUUUGAAAAAAGUAUUGAUGUUUUGUCGAAGAGCAUUAUUUGCAAGAAACGUGUGGCGUCGUCCCGAGAUGAAAGCCCGGCUAGUAGUAUUGACAACAGGGAGAAACCCGUUGUUUCAAAGAGAAAUCCACGGCUGCGGAAGAAAUUUUUGGUUGCUGGUCUAUUCUCCGACUACUACAAAGAAGAUCCGAAACCGGAAGGCAAAGGGAAGAAUCUUGUUAACCAAACAGAGUUCCCGCCCGGGCUGCUAGCUCCACCUCCGUAUUGCGAGCGAUGGGUGCGCAGGCGUCUGCAGCACUUUACGCUGCCUUACGAUAUCUGGUGGGAGCAGCAUUAUAACCAGCCUGUACCCUCAUGGAACUACAAGAAAAUAAGAACUAACGUGUACUAUGACGUAAAGCCAUCCGCAGAGGAGUGCGAGAGUGUUGCGUGCAACUGUGCACCGUCUUCCGGCUGCAACGAGGACUGCAUCAACAGGCUGGUGUAUUGCGAGUGCUCGCCGCAACUCUGUCCGUGCGGUGACAAAUGUAAGAAUCAGCGCAUUCAACGUCAUGAAUGGGCGUCGGGGCUGGAAAAGUUCAUGACGGAGAACAAGGGCUGGGGCGUGCGCACCAAGCACCAGAUUAAAUCUGGCGACUUCAUUCUGGAGUACGUCGGAGAAGUCGUUUCUGAAAAGGAAUUCAAGGAACGCAUGGCAACAAGGUACGCCCGCGACACGCAUCACUAUUGCCUGCAUCUCGACGGCGGACUCGUGAUCGACGGGCACCGCAUGGGCGGCGACGGGCGCUUCGUCAACCACUCUUGCCGGCCCAACUGCGAGAUGCAAAAGUGGACUUCUAACGGUACAUUCAGAAUGGCGCUUUUCGCACUACGCGAUAUUGAAUUCGGUGAAGAACUGACUUACGACUACAACUUCUCAUUAUUCAACCCUGCUGUAGGCCAGCCUUGCAAAUGUGAUUCUGAAGACUGUCGAGGCGUUAUCGGAGGCAAAUCGCAACGUAUCACUAAACAACCAGUGAAGACUCAGUCACGUACUCCAUCCAACGCUUCAAACCAAUCAGCAGGUUCUAACGGCAACCAAUCACGAGUCGGUAGACCGCGCAAAGCCGCGAAAUGUAACAAAAAGUCUGAACAACAAUUAGUUAGUGCUUGCGACGUUAAGAAUAUGACUAUACUGAAGUACCAACAGCAUUUGAAUAAGCUAUGGCAGGAGCCGCAAAUGAAACCGCUUACAGCAAAAGAGAGAAAUAUUGUGAAGGAGCGACACUGCUUCUUGUUCAGAAAUCUAGAACAUGUUCGCCGCAUCCGAGAUCGACUGUCCGUCUCCAUGCCGCCAUCGCCGCCUAGUGUGCCCGCCGCGCCACCGUCCCCUUUACCCCCUCCCGUGACCGCGGCUCUCGCGAUCAACUCUAACGUCAAUCCGCUGGCUCUUCCUGAGACGAUGAACCCGCAGCUGUUCCUCAACCGUUUGCAAGCUCUACGAGCGCCGAAAGAAGAAAAUGCCAAGAACUUUGUGCGUGUGGAAGAUGACCCAUCUUUGAACAAGAAGGAACGACUCGCUCGGGUGUUCAGAGCACUUUAUAAUGCUAUUGUUGAUGCCAAAGACGAAAAAGACAAACUACUAUGCACACCCUUGCUGAAGACUAAGUCAGAACGUUCCACUCAACAAGAGUCCCAAGCGGCUCUCCUAGAUCUGCAUACAAUAGACGCGAACAUCGCAAGCAGUCAUUAUGAAAGCGUUACACAGUUCGACGUGGAUGUCAAUGGUGUGUUCUCUGCCGUUAUAAGAGAGCAAGGACGCUCAUCUACGCUUGGAGCCGUGGCUGUACAGUUGAAGAAGCUGUACAAUACUGCCAAAUCGGAGUAUACAGAAAUUUUGACCAAGAUCCUUGGAACCGAAGAGCCUUUACCGACUGGAUUUCUGCAGAAGACUAAGCCGGAGGAGGUAAUCGUGUGCGUGUGUGGCCUGAUGGUGGAGGAGGGCUUGAUGGUGCAGUGCGGCGGCCCGCGCUGCGGCGUGUGGCAACACGCCAAGUGCAUGCGCGUGCAGGAUAUCACCGCGCCGCACCACUGCCACUACUGCCGCCCCGACAAGCACGUUGAUCGCGAAAUACCACUCGACGACUACACAGAAGAAGGCCAUCAGUUCUACUUGACUUUAAUGCGCGGGGACUUGCAAGUGCGUCAAGGCGACACGGUCUACGUGCUACGCGACAUUCCCAUCGACGAUAAAAACCCCGACGUCAGUCAAAAGAGUGGAGAGAAAAGCGAGUCGCCGAAGACGAAACGCCAGGAUCGGAAAAAAAUAAAGAAUAUCGGUAAAGCGAAAGAUAAGGAUGACUCAACUCAGGGCAAGGAGGGCGAAGUCCGCAAGCAUACGUAUCAGACGAUCGGUGAGAUUCCGGUAUCAGAGUUGGACAUUUUCCGCGUGGAGCGGAUGUGGAAGCACAAGGACACUCAGGAGCGCUACGUCUACGGACACCAUUACUUGAGACCACACGAGACUUUCCACGAACCCACGAGGAAAUUCUUCCACAAUGAAGUAAUGCGUGUCCCUCUUUACGAGGCUGUGCCUAUUGAACUAGUUAUGUCGCAAUGCUGGGUGAUGGAUCUCAAUACUUACUGCAAGGGUCGUCCAGUGGGCGCGGCCGAGCAGCACGUGUACAUCUGCGAGCUGCGCGUGGACCGCACAGCGCGUCUCUUCACGAAGGUGUCGCGGCCUAAGUACCCCAUCUGCACCAAGCCCUAUGCCUUCCACCACUUCCCGCAACGCCUCAAGAUCACGCGCACUUACGCUCCUCACGAAGUCUUACCCGAGUACUUGAAGGGCCGGGCCGCAAAGAACGCUGCGCCUGCUGAGAAGACCAAUAAGAGUACGAAGGAAAUGAAGAAAAAACCACCGGCUCUUACUUUCCAUGAGGGGGCUAAGCUCGGCCCGGCUUUAUCGCCAGCAGCGCGUCGCGAACAGCAGAAAAGCCGCGUGAACUCCAUAGCACGUCGCCUCCUUUCCCUCGGCGGUGGACGCGCGCCACUGGACGCGUCGUACUUACUCGCGCCGCGUCGUCCUCGGCAGAGACUAUCCUGACCCGUCUGCCCUUGCUGCGGCGACCAGUGAACCGUGACACCUCAUUGGAAGACACGGCAAAGAAACUGAUUGUCUACUUGUGCUGGUUUGGGUAUGUUAAAGGAACAGCUAUGUUGUAUGGUAAUUUUGAAGACUGUAUUGAGUGGUUCACCGUGUGGUAACAGUGUCCUAGACAAACAUGAAACGCAUGGGACCGCGGAUUUAAUAAUAUACCUGUCAAAACGUGGUGCAAAAAAAUUAGAAAGGAUAAGAAUUGGUGUUGAAGACUGGAUUUAAAUGAAAGAAAGAGACAUAAUGAAAAAUAUGUCAUUCCAAUAAAUUUUGCCUCAAAAUAAAAUAGCCUCAAAGAUAAUGUAUGAAGUUAGUGGUCAUUGAUUGUAAAGGAAUGAUGAGUGGUGUAGCGUGCUGGUCGCGCAUUGACUUUUUAAUAUUCAAAUUUAUAGUUUACUAUUCCUUCAUGAAUAAAUUCACUUCAUAAUGUAUUUAUAACAUUCCGAAAAGCAAGGGAUUGGCUCUUAUCACUAUUCUAAUCAUGAAUCAUGGAAUCUCGUUGUAAAUAAUGUAAAGCAGUGUAUAAUAUAGAAAAGCCUUGAACCGUGACAUUUACUAGAAUAAGUUUGCCUAACUCUUAAAAUGAUUAAAAAUGGCGCGCGAAGACUCUAGAAUUGAUUCUACGCUUAGCGAUAUAAGUAGGGAGUUAAAGAAUAUUUUUGUAAAAUAAAUUUCCAUCACUUUUCUUUAUGUACGUUGUAGGAAUAAAAGAACAGUCGUAAAGUCCUGUUUAGAUAGUUUUUUCAUGUUUUCUUGAUGUAAUCUCAAUGCAUGAUUAAUUAGUCAUAUAUAUAUUUAGUAUAAGACACAAGUUAUAAUAUAACUUUCGUGUGUUUUUGUUUUAUGAAAUUAGGAGCAUAAUAUUUUAAGCAGCAUAAUAGGCGUAAUAAUUUAAGCAUACUUAUGUAGCAUAUAGUUCUAUUUUUACAAUAUUGUUAUUAUAAAAGCAACGUAUUUGCUAGGGAAUAAAAAUUAGUUAAUAACCACUGGUGCGAACUGAUGUUGAAUGUUGAAGAGUUUUUAAUAGAGGUUUAGUAACAGAAAAGUGUUGUUUGCGAGGUUGUUAAUUAAUUAACUAUUAGUGUUUUAUUUAAAAUAUCGUAAAUACGAUCUUUUUAAUUAAGAGGUUGGCCGGAAUUUCAUGAAGAACAUUACAUCGAACCUCUGCUUAACCAGAGGAACAGAGAGGUUACAUAAUAUUUUUCAUAAGACUGUAGUCAACAACUUCCAAUAGGGCUAGUUUAAGAAUUUUGAAAUGAUUGCGUUUAUUGUCAUAUUGUAUCUAUCAUGCACAUAAGUUUUGCUUAUUUAUCAUGUAUUAAACUCUCUACUAUUUUUAUGUUUAGUUGCGUAACUUGUGUACAUAUUGUAGAUUGUAAGGUGGUUGGUUGUUUUAUUCGAAAUGAUAAUAUAUUGCUUCAUAUGAUUCUAAGUUAGUCGUAUUUGAUGAUUCUCUGCUUUAUUUACAUUAAGAUGGCUUAACGCAGACGACGGAUAAAUGAUAUAAUGUACGUUCGGUCAACUAAAUCCCGCGUGAACAAUUGGGAUUAUUUUUCAGUAAGGAGUUUUACAUCUUUUCUAUAUCUACCCGUGGCCGUGCUCCGUGCGCGGUAUCGAAUAAGAUGCGGUUUCUCAUUUUAUAAUAUCAGAUGUGUAUGUCAAAUUAUUGUUUGUAAUUCCUUCCUAGUUGGAACGAUGUAUGAUGAAAAUUACUAAUUUUAAUCCACUGCAGAUGCUGUGAUGAUCGAAUCAUAACCUCUUCUUUUUUGUUAUACCUGUUCGGAGUCAAUUAAUUUUGGUAGGUAUUUUUGCAUGCAUUUACUUAAAUUCAUUGCUAUUUCAGUAGCAAAACAAUGUAAACGAUAUCUAAUCUACCUUUUCUCAUUGAUGUUAAAAGGUUAAUAUUGUCGCCAAUAUUCCAGAGAUCAGAAGUAACUUUUCAGUCUCAGACUGUUCGUCGUCUCUGUUUGGCCAAGUCGUUGCGUGCACUCUCCUGCGAACUCUUUGUAUUGUGAUCACAGAGAACAAAGUUGUUUUUGUUUCUAAUUUAUUUGUAAAAUACACUGUUAGGUUUUUACGUUUUUUCAAUUGUAUCUUCAGUAACUUUAAGCAUUCUAUUAUUUAUAGUAUUAUUUUUUCUUUCCUUUGCUUUCGCUCUUUUUGCUAUAUACGUACCUAUGUCGAUGUUGAAACUCUUAGGGAUAAUUUAGGUUGAUCCCAAAAUCUAGUACAAAACUACAUUGACUCAUAAUAGACUCAUGGCUUGUUUGCUUAUUAAUUGUUCUUAGGAUAAGUAAGACGCACUUAGUAAAUUAAUUGUUGACACUCCUUAAACUGUAAACCACACAGAGCAGUACGCCUACUCGCACUUUUUAUAGAUAUUUUUGACUUGAUAGACGAAUAAUAGACAACCGUACUCAAACAUGUUAACAUAAGAGUUAUAAAAACAGUUAAGACAAUUCCAAUAUGUACUUAAUUAGUUAAAAUAGUUCAAUAGCUGAUUAGGGAUAGGUUUUUCAUUAAGUUUUUUGGAGCCAAUUGUCUAACAGUAAUGCACCCUGAACAGGUUCGAUUCAGAGUUUUGGGAUCAAAAUUUUUGAAUUUAUUAUUGGCUUAUGAAAUUUCUCGGAAAUGAUAAAUAAUCAUCUGCAUAGAUUCCCUUCGCUUCAACGCAAUGAACUGUCGCACGUAUUGCUUAAUUUGUUUUAAAUUCAAAUUGGAUAAAGUUAUGCAUUCCUCUAACAAUCGUUAGGAAAUCUAUACAGAUGAUUGUAUAAGUUUAGGUAUCUGUUACAAAUGAUAAAUUGAAGUGCAGCUUUACUAUUUAUGUCUUUAUUUAAGAUGCCAUUUGUUGUAACUCAUGUUUUAUUAAUAUUAAAUAAAAAUUUGGAUCGGAAUUGUUGGCUUUUCUCAAAUAUAAAAACAUCGAGUAUACCAGAAAUAGAGACGGAAUGUCAUUUAACUUGUUUGAAAAUUAUUCUGCCAAAUCAUUACGGGCACAAGUGCG